AAAAUCAUUAAAUUAAUCCCAAAGAAAAACCCUACCUCUCCUCUCAUUGGAUAACCUAGUCUACUGUCACGUGGGUCCCUUUCACAUCGUUGCGCCACGUACCACCCUUCGCCAAUCAUCUUUCUCACACGCGUCUAGUUUCUCGCACGUGCCGACCCCGUUCAUUUUCAGUAUAAAUGGAACUCCACAGAGAUCGUGUAAUAAUCAUUAUACGCCGUUUAUUAAAAAACUUAGAUAAAAAAUGAUGGACCAGAGGGGUGGGUGUUGUACAGCUAGGUACGCCGGAGGUGGCGCGUACGAUAUGUCUAACAUGGGCCAGAUAAUGCUCCGCUUUCGUCCCAUAGCUCCGAAACCGGCUUCUGCCGAUGGAUCUAUUUCCGGCGGCGGAACCAGCUGGCCCCCCACGGCGGAGAACGGCGGACUUUCUGUCAAAACAGGCCGCGGUAAAAGAAGGGGGCGAGCGGUUAAAGGUGGUGCUAGUGCUACUGCUCUGAACAAGAGGAGCUAUACUAGAAAGAAGAAGCACUCGUCGUCGCCGGAGAACACCGACUCCGGUGGAUCGGUCUCCGGCGACGGGAAGGAAAUUAAAACCCUGGCUUUGCUGCCGGAGGCCCCCAGCGCGGCGGAAAGUCGGAGGUUUCCAGCUUUGUGGCUGAGCUUAGGGAGCGGAGGGGGUGGCGCCGGCGCCGGCGCCGAGAUCGCGGCGGAUGGCUCGGGUUUUUUGGAGAAUCCGAUGGAGGCGGUGGGGCGGCCGCGGACGGUGGUUGUGAGGUCGUGGGUGAAGGUGGAAUGCGUGACAGACGCGGCGGCGGUGGGGGGGUACGUGUACGGUGGGAUAGGGCGGACGGACGAGGAGAAGGUGAGGUGUUUGGAUCUUGACACGUGUCCGGGGUUCGUGACGGAUGGUAUGAACGUGGUUAGGUGGACGAAUGCGGCGUACAGGCGGAUGGCGGCGGGGGGAGCGGCGGAGGGGGAGGUGGAUUUGUGGGUGGAGGUGGUGGAGGGGGCAGAGCUGCCGGUAGGGGGGAAGGAGGGGUUCACGUGCAGGGUGAGGGUGGUCACGUGCGGGAAAGAGAAGAUGUGCCAAACGGUGCCGUGUGACGUGUGGAGGAUGGGUUGUGGUGGAUUUGCAUGGAGGCUUGAUACUACGGCUGCUCUUUCUUUGGGUCGGUUAUAAUUAAUUAGGUUAAUUAAGACCUAAUUAAUUAACCCCUCAUUAUUAAUAACUGGUGUUUAAUUUUACGGUGAUAUUGGUGUUUAGCCACGACACAUGGAGAUCUUUGUAAUUAAUUGUGAAUACCUAUUUUCCUCUCUUUUUUUCUUAUUUUCUUUUUUUUUUUUUUUUUUUAAUAUUUUUGCAAUUUGUUUUGAGUGGUGAGAUAUUAGUGAUUCAAAUCACUAUUUUAGGGCUUGAUCUGUGGAGUUUAUUGAGUAAUUAGUAGUCAAUGUACUUUUUUACUAUUAACUCA